AUGUCAGAAAUGACAGAGAAGCAUGGGCAGGAUUUCUGGCAGGCACGGGUAUUUCUAAUGGAGAAACCAGAACUGGAGGAGCAGCUAGAAUGCAGAGAAGAAAAAUGAGGCUCUCUGCAUGUUUGGAAGUCUGAAUUGGUUGAAGUUGAAGAUGAUGUGUAUCUGAGGCACAGCUCUUCCCUGACUCAUGGGCCUUGACACUGCUGUUGAGGUUUGACUCGAAUCCCAGAGUUUUGGUGUGGAUGAGCAGGGACAAAUUGCUGAGCAUCAAGAAGAGUAAAAUUAAGCAAGUGGAACGUAUGCCUCUGCUCUACGCAGUGAAAUGAAGAGUCAACCUUUGAA